AUGUUCUCCGCCGCCAGCAACAUCUUUCGCCGGCGGCCUGUCGACCCCGCGCCCGACGCCUCAUACCAGGUGCCGCUGUACACAAACGCCGCCUACUACCCCAACUGGCGCAUCUAUCGCAAGCAGCCUCCCUCGUCACUGCGAUUGGGCUUCGUAUCUCAUGUGUUCUAUGCGUUUGCUUGGGUAAAAGAAGAUGGCACAGUCUACUUGAGCGACGAAUGGGCUGAUACCCAGAUGGCUGUCGAUGGAGCCGAGGGCUGUCUGCGCGCCUUUGUCCAAUUGAAACAACAGUAUUCGCAAAUGCGUGUUAUCCUUUCUGUCGGCGGUGGUGGGAAAGGAAGUGAGAACUUUGCCGCUACAGCCCACAGUCGGUCUAAGUUGGAAACAUUUGUCCGUAGUGCUCGGCAGCUGGUUGAUCAAUAUGGUCUGGACGGUAUCGAUGUGGACUGGGAACAUCCCGCCAAUUCAAAGGAAGGCAAGGAUUACGUUCGUCUGCUCUCCAAAUUGCGAGAAGUGUUGCCAGCUCCACGAUAUGUUCUAGCUACCGCACUUCCAGCAAGCCAGUGGUUCCUGCGCCAUAUCGACCUGGGAGCUGCGCAGAAACAUUUGGAUAUGAUCAACCUCAUGACCUAUGAUUUUUCGGGACCCUGGGAGUCGGAAGCAAACCACCAGGCUCAGCUUCACGGCUCACCUAUUUCCGGAUACUCGUCGGUGGACUACGUACUCAUGCAGGGAGUUCCCUCUCGGAAAAUUAUCCUCGGUGUUCCGGUCUACGGGCGUUCGUUCCUUGGAUGCACCGGACCAGGCCAGCGCUACGCUGGUCACGGUGGAGAGGAUGGCGUAUUCGAUUAUAGUGAGCUUCCUCGUCCGGGAACAGAAGAAAUAUACGACGAAAGAGCUGGGGCUGCAUACUGCGUCGGUGGCGAUGGCGGAUUUGUCACGUAUGAUACCCCUGCGACGGUUCAGCAGAAGGCCGGGUUUGUUACUUCAUCGAAGCUGGGCGGACUUUUCUACUGGCACAUCGCCUCUGAUUCACGGGGACCGCGCAGUCUGUUGGAGACUGGAUAUAAUACCAUGCAUGAAAUGUGA